AUGGUAGGGAAGACCGGAGCGCCUGCACGCGCUGCCAAUGUUGUGAGUGCUGCGACUGCGGUGCUCCUGGCAACGCUGGCAGUGGUGCUGUGCCUGUGUCCGGCACCGUCGACGGCUCAGAUCCACUGGAUUGGCAUGACCCCUGAACCCAAUGAUGCCCGCAACGUGUCCCUGUUCCGCCUGCACCGCCUUGGCAAGCGCGGCGAGGACGUGGCCCGCGUCAUGCUGGAGAACCCAGGGGAGGCUGUGGCCGUGGACGCCUUCCGCUGUCGCCCUGGCGGCACGUUCUGCCUCCUGCUCACCUCAAACGGCACUGCCUCCUGGCUGUACAACGUGUCUGUGGUUGACGGUGCAUUGACGAGCCGCACGACGCUGCAGGGCGUGUCUGCACACAACCUGCAUGUGGACAUGGCCAGCGGCGCCGCCUACACCAUCGUUCAGCGGCCCAAGUACGCCGCGGUUGCCCGCGUGUACGCGGGUGCCGUCUCCAUCAUCGUCGACCUCAGCAGCUACCUGCAGUCUGACGGUGUCAUUGCCACGGGCUCCUCCACCCACUGCUCCGACGUGCAGACGAUGUGGGUGGGUAUCCGCCACGCGGGUGCGCGCGAUGCCAUCGUGCACGUGGACCUCAAGCAGCAGAAGAUUGCGGGCCACCUCUUGCUCUCGGAUCCACUGGUCACCUCCAUGUGGGCGUGGUGCAACGACGCAACCAGGGUCAACCACCUCGGCGGCAGCACCGUCAUCACCACCACGGCCAAAAACAACACCGGCACCAACACCGGCACCAAGACGCGCCUCGCUGCGUAUGGACUGUACGACAAUCAGGGCCGCUUCCAGCCACAGGUGACAGCCCCCAUUCCAGCGCAUGCCCCGGAGUACGUGAUGACAGCGCUGCUGAGCGAGCCCAUUGGCUAUGGCUUCUUCACCGCCCUGUAUCCAAACAACGCAACACCCGGCGGCCCGCCGACGCAGGGCCUGCUUGGCUUUGGCAACUUUGUGCCCCCAAGCCAGGAGGCGAUGGUGGCAGCGACGGGCGGUGCUGUCGGUGCAGCAGUUCCAAACACCAAGCCACUCAAUCUCGUGCCCAUUGACUUCUUCCUCACGGGCGCAGCCGUCUAUUGAUCGCUCGUGUAUGUGUAUGUGUGUGUGUGUUUAAAGAGGGGGGGAUCUAUCUGUCGGCAUGCGUGUAUGCAUGUGCCUGUGCCUGUGUAUGUAUGUUGGCUUGCGUGUGUGUCAAACAAAAGAAAGAAGGGCCCG